GCAAAUGGCUCGGAUUCCCUUAAUGUCUAACCUGCCUAUACUCUGAACAGUGUGAGAAAGCGAGCAAGCAGCUCUUACUGCAGGGUUUUAUUCAUGCAGGCUUUCCCUUUCCUUUAAAACCGUGCAGCCCUCCUCUGAGCAGCAGGCUGAUUGCUUCCAUUCAGCCACAUUUGGUAUGCAUGAGCACUACUGCUCCAAGACAGGAGGUUGCUUUCUUAAGGAGGAUCAGUGGCUAAGGCAAAUCCACUUUGCCAGCCUUCCAACCAAGUUCCAGGAAGCAUCUGUCCUACGGAAUUGCAGGUGUGGAAAUGAUGAACGUGGGAUGUCAAAACUGUGGAGGACCAUUUGUUUUGUAGGCAUUAUAAGGUUUGCAGUUCACUUUCAAGUGGAAUUUUUAGAGGGUCAUGAGUCAAACUGAUGCUCCCCGACCACUAAACUGGACCAUUCGGAAGCUAUGCCAUGCUGCUUUUCUCCCAUCUGUCAGACUUCUUAAGGCUCAGAAAUCAUGGAUAGAGAGAGCAUUUUACAAGAGAGAAUGUGUUCAUAUCAUACCCAGCACCAAAGACCCCCAUAGGUGUUGCUGUGGGCGUCUAAUAGGUCAACAUGUUGGACUGACUCCAAGUAUCUCCAUUAUUCAGAAUGAGAAAAAUGAAAGCAGACUCACUCGAAAUGACAAUCAGUCAGAGAAGUGGUCCAUCAGCAAGCACACUCAGCUCAGCCCAACUGAUGCCUUUGGAACCAUUGAGUUUCAAGGAGGGGGUCACUCCAAUAAAGCCAUGUAUGUACGUGUGUCUUUUGACACAAAGCCUGAUCUUCUUCUACACCUAAUGACAAAAGAAUGGCAGCUUGAGCUCCCCAAGCUUCUCAUCUCUGUGCAUGGAGGCCUUCAGAAUUUUGAACUUCAGCCAAAACUCAAGCAAGUCUUUGGGAAAGGUCUGAUUAAAGCUGCCAUGACAACUGGAGCAUGGAUAUUCACUGGAGGAGUAAACACAGGAGUCAUUCGGCAUGUUGGAGAUGCAUUAAAGGAUCAUGCCUCAAAAUCCCGAGGGAAGAUCUGUACCAUUGGUAUAGCCCCCUGGGGAAUUGUAGAGAACCAAGAGGACCUGAUUGGCAAAGAUGUGGUCCGACCAUACCAGACAAUGUCCAAUCCUAUGAGUAAACUGACAGUACUCAAUAGUAUGCACUCCCAUUUUAUUCUGGCUGACAAUGGGACUACCGGCAAAUAUGGGGCAGAAGUGAAACUUCGUAGACAGCUGGAAAAGCACAUCUCACUUCAGAAGAUAAACACAAGAAUUGGGCAAGGGGUUCCAGUGGUGGCACUUAUUGUGGAAGGAGGGCCCAAUGUUAUCUCUAUUGUCUUGGAGUACCUACGAGACACUCCGCCUGUUCCUGUUGUGGUAUGUGAUGGCAGCGGCAGGGCGUCUGACAUCCUUGCAUUUGGUCACAAAUAUUCAGAAGAAGGAGGACUUAUCAAUGAGUCUCUGAGGGACCAGUUACUAGUUACUAUCCAGAAGACUUUUACCUACACUCGAACCCAGGCACAGCACCUCUUCAUAAUCCUCAUGGAGUGCAUGAAGAAGAAGGAGCUGAUUACAGUAUUUCGAAUGGGAUCAGAAGGACACCAGGACAUUGAUUUAGCUAUCCUGACAGCAUUACUAAAAGGAGCUAAUGCGUCUGCUCCAGACCAACUGAGCCUAGCUUUGGCCUGGAACAGAGUAGACAUCGCUCGCAGUCAGAUCUUUAUUUAUGGGCAACAGUGGCCGGUGGGAUCCCUUGAGCAGGCAAUGCUGGAUGCCCUGGUGUUGGACAGAGUGGAUUUUGUGAAAUUGCUCAUUGAGAAUGGAGUAAGCAUGCAUCGGUUUCUCACCCUCUCCCGACUAGAGGAACUGUACAAUACGAGACAUGGACCAUCCAACACUUUGUAUCAUCUAGUGAGGGAUGUCAAAAAGCGAGAAUAUCCAGGUUUCGGUUGGAUCUAUUUUAAGGGUAACCUACCUCCGGAUUACAGGAUAAGUCUGAUUGAUAUUGGCCUGGUGAUUGAGUAUCUGAUGGGAGGAGCUUAUCGCUGCAACUACACCCGAAAACGGUUCAGAACCCUCUACCACAACUUGUUUGGACCCAAGAGGCCAAAAGCCCUGAAACUUCUGGGAAUGGAGGAUGACGUCCCUUUGCGAAGAGGAAGGAAGACCACAAAGAAACGAGAAGAAGAAGUGGAUAUUGAUUUGGAUGAUCCUGAGAUUAACCAUUUCCCUUUCCCCUUCCAUGAGCUGAUGGUGUGGGCUGUGCUGAUGAAGCGUCAGAAGAUGGCCCUCUUCUUCUGGCAGCAUGGGGAGGAGGCUAUGGCUAAGGCUCUGGUGGCCUGUAAACUCUGCAAAGCCAUGGCCCACGAGGCAUCAGAAAAUGACAUGGUGGAUGACAUAUCCCAGGAGCUGAACCACAACUCCAGGGAUUUCGGCCAGCUAGCGGUGGAGCUGUUGGACCAAUCAUAUAAGCAGGAUGAGCAGCUGGCAAUGAAACUGCUGACCUAUGAGCUGAAGAACUGGAGUAACGCCACGUGCCUGCAGCUCGCGGUGGCAGCCAAGCACCGAGAUUUCAUUGCUCACACUUGCAGCCAAAUGCUGCUCACAGACAUGUGGAUGGGCCGGCUCCGGAUGCGCAAAAAUUCAGGUCUAAAGGUAAUUCUAGGAAUUCUACUUCCUCCUUCAAUUCUCAGCUUGGAGUUCAAGAACAAAGACGACAUGCCUUACAUGUCUCAGGCCCAUGAGAUCCAUCUACAAGAGAAGGAGCCAGAGGAACCAGAAAAACCAGUAAAGGAAAAGGAAGAGGAGGACAUGGAACUCACAGCAAACAGCAGGCGCUGCCCCCAGGACCCCGUCUGCAGGCAGGCAGAAGGACCUGCCUACAGGACCCAAUAUGCAGGCAAGCGGAAGAACCGGUCCACAAGACCUGCCUACAGGACCUAUUUGCAGGCAAUGUUGGGCCGAGGGAAUGGAGAAUCAUCAAGAAAGAAGGAGGAAGAAGAAGUUCACAGCGGACACAGACUGAUCCCUCUCGGAAGAAAGAUAUACGAGUUCUACAAUGCACCCAUAGUUAAGUUUUGGUUCUACACGUUGGCAUACAUCGGGUACCUGAUGCUGUUCAACUACAUUGUGCUAGUGAAGAUGGAUCGUUGGCCUUCUACACAGGAAUGGAUAGUUAUCUCCUAUAUUUUCACAUUGGGAAUAGAGAAGAUGAGAGAGAUAUUGAUGUCAGAGCCUGGAAAGCUGUUACAGAAGGUAAAAGUGUGGCUCCAAGAGUACUGGAAUGUUACAGACCUCAUAGCCAUUCUCCUGUUCUCCGUCGGAAUGAUACUUCGUCUGCAGGAUCAGCCAUUCAGGAGUGAUGGGCGAGUCAUAUACUGUGUUAACAUAAUUUACUGGUAUAUACGUUUGUUAGACAUCUUCGGCGUGAACAAGUAUUUGGGACCAUACGUUAUGAUGAUUGGGAAAAUGAUGAUAGACAUGAUGUAUUUUGUCAUCAUUAUGUUGGUGGUUCUGAUGAGCUUUGGCGUUGCAAGGCAGGCAAUUCUUUUCCCCAAUGAAGAGCCUUCAUGGAAGCUGGCAAAGAACAUUUUUUACAUGCCCUAUUGGAUGAUCUAUGGGGAAGUGUUUGCAGACCAGAUAGACCCUCCCUGCGGCCAAAAUGAAACCAGAGAGGAUGGCAAAAUAAUCCAGCUGCCCCCCUGCAAGACAGGAGCAUGGAUCGUUCCUGCCAUCAUGGCAUGCUACCUCUUGGUUGCAAAUAUUCUUCUGGUGAACCUCCUCAUUGCUGUUUUUAACAACACAUUUUUUGAAGUCAAAUCUAUAUCCAACCAAGUGUGGAAAUUUCAGAGGUAUCAAUUAAUCAUGACAUUUCAUGAAAGGCCAGUCCUGCCACCACCUCUGAUUGUUUUCAGCCACAUGACUAUGAUUUUCCAACACCUCUGCUGCAGAUGGCGGAAACAUGAAAGUGACCAAGAUGAGAGAGACUAUGGACUAAAACUGUUCAUAACCGAAGACGAACUAAAAAAAGUGCAUGACUUUGAGGAGCAGUGCAUAGAAGAAUAUUUUAGAGAAAAGGAUGAUAGAUUUAAUUCUUCCAAUGAUGAAAGAAUCCGCGUCACUUCUGAAAGGGUAGAGAACAUGGCCAUGCGCCUAGAGGAAGUGAAUGAACGAGAACAUUGUAUGAAGGCUUCGCUUCAGACUGUAGACGUCAGGCUUGCUCAGCUGGAGGACAUGAUAGGACGAAUGGCUGCAGCCUUAGACAAGCUGACUGGUAUAGACAGAGGGGAAACGACUAAGAUACGAUCUAGAACCUCCUCAGACUGCACAGAUGCAGCCUACAUUGUGAGACAGAGCAGCUUCAAUAGCCAGGAAGGGAACACUUACAAGCUUCAAGAGAGUAUAGAUCCUGCAGGAGAGGAGUCAAUGUCCCCAACCUCUCCUACCAUCAUGCCCCGCCUGCGAAGCCACUCUUUCUAUGCAGUGAAUAUGAAAGACAAAUGUGGGUUAGAAAGGUUGGAAAAUAUUUUUAAAGAAAAGUCUGUGAGCCUGCAUCGAGCAAGUAGCUCACACUCUGUAUCAAAAGAAGCAAAAGUACCAUUAGCCCCUACAAGCACUUUGUCAAUUGCCCCAGACUCCAGAAGGCCUUCGUCUUGCAUAGAUAUUUAUGUUUCUGCCAUGGAUGAGUUGCAUUCUGGUAUAGAACCUCUCGACAGUUCAAUUAAUAUACUUGGUACCGGAGACCCAUCUCUGCAGGCUCAAAUAGCCUCUUCUGUUCUAGCAAACAGUGCGUAUAUUAGCAGUACUCCCAGUGACAGAAUUUCCGGCAGGAGUAUUGAUUGUGAGGAAACCUCUACAAUGGAAGCAAGAGUGUUUUCUUCAGAUUAUUCACAUAUCAUAGAUAGCCAAAACCUCUGGGAGUCAGACCCUCCUUUGUAUCAGACCUUAGAGCGAUCUAAAAGCAGUCGCUAUCUGGCUACUACCCCAUUUAUUCUGGAGGAAACCCCAAUUGUGAAGUCUCACAGUUUUAUGUUCUCUCCUUCUCGGAGCUAUUUCAGCAGCCUUGGGGUGCCAGUCAAAACAGCGGAGUACACAAGUAUUACAGACUGCAUAGACACCAGGUGUGUCAGCACUCCCCAGAAUAUUGCAGAAAGAUCCAGUUUUCCUGGAAAUCAUGGAGACAAAGUGGAGGACUUGGGAUGCUGCCACCCAGAGAGAGAAGCAGAGCUAAGUCACCCAAGCUCUGAUAAUGAGGAUAUUGAGGUCAAAGACAAAAAGGGGGCUUCCUUAUCUCCGCAAGAAAGCAGCACAGCAAGAACACUGUCCAACAACAUACCACUUCCAAAAAUAGAGAGGGCCAACAGUUACUCAGCAGAUGAGUCCAGCAUGAUGUAUGCACACACAAGGAAAAGCUAUUCUAUCAGUGAUAAACUUGAUAGACAGCGUAACACAACGGGCCCACGAAAUCCAUUCCAGAGGAGUAAGUCAUCCAGGCCGGAGAGUAGAGGAGACAACUUGUCUAUGAGAAGACUGUCUAGAACAGGUGCCUUCCCUAGCUUUGAAAGCAAGCACAGCUAGACAUGCAUAACAGGAGGUCUAAGAGUCAUCCGCUCUCCAGUCCAUUUUCCUUAACAGAAUAAAAUAUGAUAUGUCAACUAAAGUCAGAGUCUGUCACUGGUCAGGUUAGCACUUUGUUAAUCUCAUUUUCGCACACUGAGUUACUGGAUCCUGACCGAGUUGACAUUUGCACUUAAGGAAAGAGGGAGGGAGGAAAGCUUUAUAAAGGCUUUAAUUUAAAAAAAAAAGAAAAGAAAAAAACACCCUCACAAAGACUUGAGUAGGUUCAGAGAUCUGCCUUUUACUAGAAGAUAUCCUAGGAUUUCUCGUAAUUAUUCAUGAGUUUCUAAGACACAGGGCUAAAUUGGCAAAAAGAAAAGCAUACAAAUGAGAUACUCUAAACUGAUUUCUAUUUACAUCAGUUCCAUCAUUGCAAUGACUGAGGAAGAGCAUCAUUGUAGUCUAUAGAAACGAGCUGUAAGCAAAUCCUAAAGCUCCCCCAUUUCUGCAACUGAUCAUUGUAAAGAUAAACAAGGCAACAAUCAUAUAGUUCACCUGUCUCUUUUUGUAUUGAAUUCUAGUGCCACAAAAUGUUUAUAUUUUCAAGAUGGGAAAGGAAAAAGAACUGCUUUUUGUAUUGCAAUGUAAAUGAAGGAAGAAUUUAUGUAAAAAAAAAUAAAAUUGUCAGGUGGUUUCCUGUACUGAACAGGCAUUGUUAUUGUGGUACAGUUGAGCCAAGCUCAGGAUGAAUGUAAUUAAGUGGAAUAGUAUAUAUUUAUUUUUUUACCACAUUUGUCAUCAAUAUAUUGUCUCACUAAAUUAAAUGAUGUCAUGGAACAGUAAGAAUAAUGGGCUGAGAUGCUCAAAGCAGAGCAGGAGGGAUAUUAUAUUUUCACUGUUCUCUACAAGAUUUCCAUUACUUCCAUUAAUUGUUAUCCCCCUCCCAAAUUGCUACCAUGUUCUUCUUACUGUUCUUGCUGCUGAUUUUUCAUAUCAUUCACCCAACACAAGCAUUAACAUUUUACUUAUUGAGACAGUAAUCUGAAAUCAGACUGCUUGAUAAACUUUGUAUGUUUGAGUGUUCAGAUACAACUGUUGUUUAAUGGAAAAUGCUCUUGGCAGAGUAUCUCAAAACAAUAAAAUAAGAUUUUAGAGGUAAGCUAAAGCACCAAAGUGAAAACCGAUAUGUGUUAACAGCAAAAGUAGUCAGUUGCAAGUAUGCUUCCAUUUAACAGCAAGAUAGAACAAACCACAACAUGCAUUUUAAUAAAAAUUCUGCCCUCAAUUGUGUGUAUGGGACCCCAAAUGAAGUCAGCAGUAAUACGUCCUAUGCAUCUGAGUGCAAAACCUUGUUCAUGAUGUUAAUAAGGUGUUUCAUGCCCUUAUGAUAGCAUCUCUUGGUCAUAUAAUAGAGCCUUAAAAGUAGUAAUUUGAUCACAAUUUCACACCAUUUUAGAGGGGGAAAGCUUAAUCUUGAGAAGUUUGGAAGCGAAUGCUAUGACCAUUAGUUUAAAAAUAAAACAGCCUCUAAAAAAAACUACUAUACAUGUGGAUCCAGGUCCUUUAUUAUUAAUGUUAACGUGGCUGGGAUUUUCAAAGUUACCUAUGGGGUUUUGAGGCAUUCCAUGCCCAUUAAUUUUAGUGGGAGUUGGCCACGCAAAUCUAAGAGACAUCUUUGAAAGUCUCAACCUAAUUUAUCUCUAGGAAUUCAUCCCAGGGGCAUCUGAGUGAUAGGCAACAAAGCCCUAUCUCAAAAUUAAAUAUCUGACCCCCGAGAAGAGGCAAAGAGAGUGGAAAAAAUUGUGAGCAGUGACUCACUUUGUGGAAAGUUGGUGAAAUAAACAAAUGCAACAUGUUGACUUUUAAACACAAAAUGUGUUAUUUGUUAGUGCACCAAUUAUUUCCAUUUCGUACUUUGUUAAAUCAGUCCUUCUGUGAUCUAGGCUCAGCUUGAUCCACAUACUGUGUUUACUUGAUUGCCUUGAGGUCCAUGUACUGGUUUUCUGUCACAUGUCACUGAUCAAGGGUACAAUUUCUGACCUGUCACUCAGUGAAUUACAAAGUGUGCUUGUGAUGGGCUGAUUGUUAAACAAUAGCUUUCCCAGGGACAAUGCCAUUUUUGUUUAACAGUCUGCUUCAAAUGUGCCAAAUUUUGUAUCAGUCUGUUCCUAAGGUUUCUCUAAAUCAGCCGUUUUAUUUAUUGCUUUUUUAAUUUAAGGAUGUUUUCUGAAACUAUUCAUAGACUUUUCCACCUUCAUCAAUAAAAUUAGCAUGUACAAGAAGAAUUAAUUUGAGACAUCCCCAUCACUUUAUUAGUUCAAGGUGCAGAGAUCCCCUCUGGGUGAUUCAUUGUUAGUUUAUUGGGGUAAAAGGGUUUCCCAAUCCAGGAGCUGUAAAAUAAUUAGAAUACAGCACUUUAUUGACCUGGAGCAUAAACUCCAGGCAUGGUGAACCAGGACACUUUAGUUAUGUCUUUUAACUGCCAUUAUAUAUAAAUUCCACUAUAAAAAAGUAUAAUUCCAAAAUGUCAAAACUUUUCCUGAAUGUUUCCCAUUUACCUAAAAUAAGGUUUCUAUAGCAUGUAUUAUGAUGGAUGGUAGAGUAUUUUGUUUAUCUUCACUUGUUAAUGUCAGUGGGAUGGGGAUUUUGCCCCCCCUCUCAACACUGAAUGGUACAGGUUGUUAUAACUUCUUUAGUGGAGAUAAAAAAUAACUCAGCCUUCAUCAUCUUAUAACUAUAGCUUGUGCCAUAUGAUAUAUUAUGUAUUGAAUGAUAUCUUAUAUAGCCCAUGUAUAAUCCAGUAUGGUUUUGACAUGUGAUCAUAUAGUGAAUGUUACAGGGCAGCUUUAACAUUACAUUAUAAAGUCAUACUUUUAAAUCUGUAACAUUCAGUAAAAUAGCACAUGUUGCAUUGAACAUUAAAUCCCACUAUCCAAGUUAGCAUACAUAUGGAUUAUGCAUUUUUGGUCACAAUCUGUAACUGCUGUAUGUUUCACACGUCCUUCUGUACAGCACCACUGUAAAUGUUUGUAUGAGCUGAUGUAUAAGUCUCUAAUGAGCCACUGUGAGCUGUGAUUGGUGAGUUGUGAUAGUGUGAACGAUGAACUGGCAUGUUAUGCAAAAGAUAAGAUAAAUGAACUUUAAAUAAUAUUUUGAAACUCAGUUGACUUAGCUGUUUGUUUACAUAUGCUGGCCAAUUAAGGAAGCAGUGUACAGUAUUUUAUAAAUAUUUUCAUAUAGUAAUCUGUUCUGUUGUUUCCAGUUUAAGUGAUGCUAUUCUAUAGUUGGGUGUACACUUGUCCUAGAUAUUGGAUUAUAGCAUAUUAUUCUUUCACAACAGUGUGAUAUGACUGAACUAGUUUCUCUUCCUUAAAGUCCAGUCUUUUUUUGUGUCAAUGAAAAUGCAUGCAUUGUUCCAUGAAUUUCUUUGGACUACUAUGAGGCUUAACAUUUUAUUAUUGCCUGCCUGUAAUAAUGAAUCCAGUUAGGAAUUUAAAAAAUCAAGUUUUUGGACUUUUACAUUAUGUUCAAUCUUUAAGCAAACUAAAUUGAUUUUUAUUUUUUUGUAAGCUACACUUCAAGAUGUCAUGAAAUUGAAGUACUAAACACAAAGGUGUGAACCUACAGCAGUGCUGAGACAUUUAGCUCUCUACUUUGGAAAAGAUAAGGUGUUUCAUUACUGUUCUCGGCACACCUGUCUGGUAACUAAUGGCCGUGAGGUACAAAUUGCUAAAACAUAACAAACAGUGAGAAAAGGCUCAUUAAUCCACAUGGCAAAAAUCGCUCUAGACUCCAGAUAAUUAAUGUUGAUUUAAAGACUUCUAGUGAAAAUGAAUCAGUGUAUAUGGAUGGGAUGGAUGAUUUUGUUAGGGUGGGGGUGACUUGAAAUGUAAUAUUUGUACGAGAAGUAGAAUAUUUGUUUCUUAGAAACUAUCUGGCACCUGGGAAAUGCAAAGGUAAAGCAUGUCUACCAAGUUUGAACAACUGCUUAUACCGUAAAAAUAAGUGCCAUUCACAGGACAGGGCCUCAGUCCAAUUCAGCGGUUUUCAACUGGCAGCCUGUGGGCCGCAUGCAGCCCAAUUAGUGCACAGCUGUGGCCCGACCCAGCUCAGCGCUAAAGACCAUGUGCUAAAGGGUCUGGGCUGCGCUGCUGCCUAACGUGGCGGGGACAGGAGCUCCUGGCCAACCCCAUGAGCUCUGGGGCGCUGGGCAGCCAGCCCACCCCACAUGGCAGGGCUCUGGGGUCAGGGCAGCCCACACAUACAGCCCACAAUGUGUAAUAACUUGAGAACCACUGGUCUAAUUCCUGCAGUUGGAGAGACCAGGCCUGUUCUCUCAAAAGCAAAAGUUAUCAAUUUACAAAUGUGGACUGAGCUCACUGAAAUGAUCAAAAAUCUCUCUCUAAACUGUUUGUUUAAAACAAGAAAAAAAGUCUUCUUGUAUUUGCUCAGGUUAUCACUUUAAGGGGAUUCAACAACCAAGAGUAAGGAAAAUAUGAGGUGGUCAUUCUUGGAUUUCCAAAGUGGGAGUUGUGAUUUAGGUGGUUGUGAUGAUUAUGAAUUUCUCCCCUCACCCACCACCACCUAACAAAGAGAAAAAGGAAAACAACAUUUGCAUUUUUGCACACAUCAGCCCAUUUGAGACAGCAAAACCAGAUUAACGUAAAUUUAUUAUGACAGCUAAGUUAAUACUUUUUCUAAGAAAGGAGCCUAAGGGUAUUGUAGGAUGAGUUCUCCCUCACCAAUCUCACAUAACCAAGAGCACAUUCCAAAUAAGGAAGGAGGGCAAAAGUAAAGGACUUGGCAGGGGGGUUGCAUUUAGCUGAUGAAUUCCUUCAUUACUGUACAUUAGAAUUUACCCUCCUGUCCUCUCUGGCAUAAACGAAUACAACAGCACUACCCCUGCACAUGAAAGGAGUGACUGUCUCCACUCCCAUGACUGUUAUGUUGCUUUAUAGCCAACUGUAGUCGCAUUUUGGAGAGCAAUAUAGCAAGUUCCAUCCUUCCCCUUUCCAAGGUAGAUUAUUGGCUAGAUUAUGAUCUUUGUUACACUGGUGUAAAUCUGCAGGAAGUCUACAUAAGUGGAGUUACUGUGUAUUCACUGCAGAAUAACGAGCAGAACUGGACCCUGAAUUUCCAACUUUACAUCACUUCUAGCCAUUAUACACGUUGUCCUUAACCAGGUUUCCAGCGGGCAGUCUACUGAAUGAGCCACUGGGCCUGCCUAACUUCAAUUCAGAUAGGCUGUGAAACCUAGUUAUCUGCUGCACUUUCAUUCUGAACAAGGUUCCACUGAAGUUCUUAUUUCAAAAGGCUCUCGAGGAAAAUGGUUGGUUAUGAUAUUGCUGUUGCUGGUGGAAAAUGGUAACUUUUGUUUAUAUGACAGUAGGGGGGGAAAUGGCUCUGAAAUAUAACAAUGUGCGUGCACAACAGUAACCUGUAUUAAAGGUAUGUCCUCCUUUCACCCCUGAAGCUGUCUUAUGUGAGGAGAGCCUAUAUGCUGCUAGUGCUGUCUGGAACAGUGUUUGCAAUAUUACUGUACUAAUAGCUAUGUAAUGAUAUAAUGUAAGGGUUAUCGUUUGUAACUGUUAUACCAAACAUUUAUAAAAGGAGGGGGAAACCAUUCAAAUGUCAUUUUUAAAUAAAUUCCUAUAAAUAUGAAGGUUUUGAAUUUUGAUUUAUUCAAAUAUAUAUAUUACUAGGGAAAACAGUCCUUUUUAAAAGGUCUGCUGGAUUCACAGUGCACUUUUAGACGGUGUGGUUAGAUACAGAAUGAAAAAGCGGAAGUUGGCAGUUACUGCAGUAGAACUUUCUGAAAUUUCUGUAACAAAAUGUUUUGCAAUAAAACAGGAUGUAGUUCAAAACAUU